AUGAAAAAAAAGAAUAACCCUUAAUUAUCUUUCAUCAAAUAGAUUUUAAAAGGUAUAAUAAAUUACAUUUUUAGCAAAAGCGCUAUAAUUGUAAGGUCGAGAUGAAGAAGCCUUAGAAUUUUAUAAAUCUAUAUUAAAUUAUUAAAAACAUAACAUUUUUGUUUACAAAUAAAUUGGUUAGAUUAAUUUUAAUCUUUAGCACUCAUACUACAAAAUUAAAAUAAAUUUUCAGAAGUCAUCGAAAUAUGGAAUUAUGGAAUAUAAAAUAAUAUUUCAACAAUUUCUUUUUAUAUGGAAAAGGGUUGUGAUAAAAUAUUUUAUUAUUAGCUGUCAUUUUAGAAAAAACCUAAAAAUAUGAAGAGGCUUUAAAAUGUUGGGAUUAAGGAAUUGAAAAUAAUAAAAAUAAAUAUUAAUUUUAUUCAUAAAAAGGUAUUCAUAUCUAUUGCAAGUUAUUAUAGCAAUCCUUUUAGAAAAACUAGGUAAACCAAAUGAAAUAAUAAAUAAUUGGGAUCAAGCAAUUCUCCAAGAUUUUAGGUAAAAAUGCUAUUACUUAGAAAAAUGUAUAAUAAAUUAUAAAAUAAAUCAAGCAAAAGCCUUAGAAAAGCAUGUUGAUUGUAACGAAAUUAUACAUUACUGGGAAAAUCGUAUAUUUAAGCAUCAAAGUGAAUUAUAUUUUUUUAUACAAAAAAGUAUACUUAUUUUAAUUUUUAGCCUAAAUUUUAGAGAGAUAAGGCAAAUUAUAAGAAAUCAUAUAAUGUUGGGAUUAAGGAAUUAAGUUAAAUUCAUCAAAUUUUUACUUUUAUGCAUAUAAAAGUAUUCAUUAUUUUAUAUUUAUAUUUAGCUGCUGCAUUAAAAAGAUAAGGAAAUGAAUAAUAGGUUAUAGAAUGUUGGUAGAAAGGUAUAGAAUAGAAUCCUUAUAACAAGUUAUUCUACUAUGAAAAAAGUACAAUCUUCUUGUAUUUUAGCAAAGGCAUUAGAAGAAAACAAAAGAUAUUAAGAAAUCAUUAUGUGUUGGGAUGCUGCCAUAUCAAUCAACAAAAAUUUCUAGUGGGCUAUAUUCGAAAAGAGUUAGAAUAUUUGAUAUUUUAGUUCUUGCAUUAGUUAAAUAAGGAAAAACUUAAGAAAUCAUUGAUUUUUGGAGUUCAAAUAAAUAAUAUUAUAAGUGUGAUUACUCUUUCUAUAUCAAAUUAAGUAAAAUCAUUUUUAAAUAAAGCAAAUACUUUAGCAAGGGAAGCAAAAUUCGAAGAAAUCAUUUUAAUUUGGCAAUUAGGAAUUGAAAGCAACCUAAAUAACAAUUACUAAUAUUAUUUAGCAAAAUGUAUUUAUAAUUUUUAUGAACAUAGGUAAUGCAUUAGAAAAAUAAAAUAGAUUUUAGGAAAUUAUUGAAUGUUGGAAUGAUGGUAUAAAGUAAUAUCCAAAUAAUAUUUAUUAUUAUAAUCAAAAAGGUUUGAAAAAUUAUUUAAUAAUUUAGCAUAAGCAUUAGAAAAAUUGUAUCGAACUUAAGAAAUUCUUGAUUGUUGGGAUGAAGGAAUUCUAAAAAACAAAUUGAAUUUAUAUUUUUAUAAAGAAAAAAGUAAAAAAUCAAAUGAAAUUAUAAGUGAGAGCCUUAGAAAAAAUGAAAAAAUUUCCAGAAAUUAUUGAAUGCAUUGAUUUGGGAAUUUAGUAAAAGAGUAAUGAAAUAAUAGAUUUAGUUUUACAUUUAUAAUAAGAAUAUUAAGAAGCUCAAGCCCAUUUUGGUUUUGCACAAAAUUCCAUCUUAAAUUUUUAUGUAGAAAAAAGUAAAAACAAUUGAAAAUUAUAUUUAGAAUAUGCUUUACAAAAAUAAGAAAGAUUUUUGGAUAUUAUAACAAAUUGGGAGGACGCUAUUUAAAAGACUAAAAUUAAUUUACCAUUUUAUCUAAAUAACAGCUAAUUCUUUUUUUAACAAUUAGCUGAUUCAUUAAGGCUAUUACAAUUAAAUAGAAAAGCAUUAAUUUAUUAGCGUUUAAAUUAAAAUAUUGUAUUUCAAAAAUAAUUACAUGAAAAGAUUUGA